AAACGUCAGUCGAUCGUCGCGCAGAUUAAAAACAUUCGAUUUCUAGCGGCUGCUGGCUGAUUUUGUUCUUGUUUAGAUGGCUCAGUGCAAAAACGGUACAAAAAUGAUGUAAUUCGUUAACUUUGCUUGGUGAUUAUCUUUUAGAAGCGCGCCCCACAAUGUCGCUUACAUUGCUGAGAAGUUUGUGCCGGCAGCAGCCGCGAAUCCAGAAGCAAACAACGCUGGCCCUGUAUCGUUUUUGUCACCAGCAGGAGCAGAAAAGGGACGAUGGGAAGGUACAGCAAACUGAAACUGCAAAGGAGAAGCUUGCCGUCAAAUACAGUCGAGAGAAUGUUAAGCGAAAUGUCCAGGGCUACGUGUUCUCCAGAUUUUUUGACUAUGUUAAGAACUAUGACAAGGUCCUGGAAAAGAAGUUUCCUUCCGCUAUGCACGUUUAUCGUGUGUUUUUGGUUGGAGUGAAAGAAUUUUUCAAUGACAUGAAAAAGCUAGUCAAAAUUACCAAAAUUGUGUACACUCAUGAUAACGAUUUACGUUGCUUGACCCGGAAGGAGAUCGAACUGUACUACCAGAUGCCACGGGAUAUGAAAAAAGUUGCUCCGGUUCUGCUCGUUUCGGCGUUGCCGUUUGCCAACUAUGUAGUGUUUCCACUAGCCUACAUGUAUCCUCGAACGUUUCUGACCCCACAUUUUUGGUCAAUACAGCAAAAGGUUGAUUUUGCCCAGCAGGACCUGAAGUAUAGGCUUCAAUACAAUCGACGAGUUUUCCGCUGUAUGCAAGCAAAGUUAGACGUUAUGAGAAAGAAUAACGAUCCUCUGUGCGAACAGUUCGGGAAUAUACUGGGCCUUCUCGGCAGUGGCCUACAUCCGACGUCGGAGGAAAUCCUCAACAUUAGGGAUCUUUUCUCGAGGCCACCUCUCCAUUUGAACAACCUCUCGUCAGUACACCUCAAAUACCUGUGUAAGCUUCAUGAUCUGAAUGCCGGAUUGAUGCGAAGAUACCGUUUAUCGGAGCGUUCCUAUAUCGUACAUCACAUGGACUUGGCCAUCAAACGGGAAGGAGGUGUCCACAAUAUGCCAGUGGAGUCGUUAAAGCAUGCAUGUUUUGUGCGGGGAUUGAAUGCGACCAAUCUGAGUACCGAAAGCAUGAUCGAUUGGCUGAACGAAUGGGUCAAAGUGUCCUUAGUCGUCAAUCAAGACAACAUCAGCAUGUUUCUGCAUCUUCCGGUUAUGCUCUCAUAUAAUCACCCGAACAAUUGGAUACUGACCCAUUAGCAAAGGGACAAGAAUCGGAUCGGACCCAUAGGACCCUUUCCGAAAGAAUACUGUUGAGUUUUUUUUUAUCUUUAAACAAACGAUUUGGUUAAUAUUAAUAAAUGAAUAUGAUUCAUUUCCUAUGGUAUUUUUCU